AUGCUUUUGUUGCUAAUCAAUUAUCAUUAUAAUAAUAAUGGCUAUACAAAUAAUAAUCGCAAUAAUUUUAAAAAAUAUAAUUAUAACAACAAUAAUAAAAAUAAAUAUCAGAAUUAUAAUACAAAUAGAGAAAGAAAUUUUAACGACUCAAAUAAUUUUAAGAAUAAUAAAUUUGAUAGAAAUAAUUAUUACCAGUCAAAUGAAAACUUUAAUGGUAAACAACAUUUUAAUAACAGGCAGUUCACGGGUAAUCAAAAUCGUAACACAGGUUUUAAAAAUAAUAAUAAUUUUCAACAACCACAUACCAUGAAUAAUGUUAAUAAAAGUAAAUUUUAUAAUUCACUACACCAAAAUUAUGAUGAUAAAAAGUUUAAUUAUUCAAAUCAGCAUUAUAAACCAGAUAAUAAUAUGAAUAAUCAUAAUCAAUCAAAUUACUUACCCGAAAACACCAAACAAGGCCCUUACUCGGGUCAAAAUAAUGUACCAUCGAAUAAAAAAACAUUUAAUAAUCAAAAAAACAUGUAA